CUCCAAUCCUUCCAAAUUCUCAUUCCCCUCUUAACUCCCACCCCCUUGCAUCAGAAGUCCCUGCCCUGCACAUAUUGCAGGGUGCUCAUACAUCCAUCACCAUGAAACUCAUCCUCUCCACCUCGUAAGUGGCAACCGCAGUGGAAAUCCCGACACUCUCUCCUCCUCAUUCCACCAUCGCCCCGGGAGGAAAAAAAAAAAAGACAAAAACCCCCAGUCCACCAACUCAACCAAACUAACAUACUUCCAGAAAUCUGAUGCUAGGCGGUCAUCCCAUCAUCCGCCAACUGACUGAAAAGUCCAAUGUCGAACUGAUCAACUCCCUACGUGCCAACUUCCAAGCCGCGCAGCAGCAGCAGCAGCAACAGCGCAACGACGAGGCCACGACGACAACGACAACGAAAACCGAGCACGGAGUACCGCGCUACGCAUCGUGGACGAGGCAACACGACGACACCCUAUACAUCCCAUCCACGGACUGCGGGUACGGGCUGUCUGAGGAGCGGUCGGCGUACGACAUCACCGUCAAACUCUUCUACCUGCCGGGGAUCCCGGCGUCGCGGCGGUGCGCGCACACGCGGGAGGCGAUCGACCUCGUGCUCCGGGAGCUGCACGUCGACUCGAUCGAUCUGCUGAUUGUCUCGUUUCCGGGGAUCUUGUUCGAUGCGGACGACGACAGCGAGGUGGAGGAGGACGACGAGAACGCGGGGUCGUCGGAUGCCGGCAGCGAGGAGGAUGAUUUCGACAGUAUCAUCCAAACGUGGCGCACGCUGGAGGGGCUGCACGAGCAGGGGAUGAUCAAGCAGCUGGGCGUGGCGGAGUUUGGCAGCGAGCGGCUGGCGCGCUUCCUGCCGCACACCAAGGUCAAGCCGUCGGUGGAUCAGAUCAACCUCAAGGACUGCUGCGUGGUGCCCAAGUCGUUGAUCCUGUACGCCAAGCAGGAGCGGAUCCAACUGCUGACCCACAACGACUGCAUGGACAUCUUGCCCGUGGGCACGACCCGGGAGCUGCUGGGGCCCGGCGCCAAGGGCGCGGGCAUCCUCGCUUCGGCGCCGGACGCGGACGAUGGCAUCCAGGGCGACGUGGCGCCGCAGUGGGUGGUCAAGUACACGGCGGUGGUGAAGGAUCGCGGGGUGGUGGAGAACAAAGGCUACUUUGCGCUGGCGGACGUGGGCAGCUGCGUCAAGCCGUGAUGUGAUGAUAUUUGUAUCUAUCUGCAAGCAUUCCACGAUUUGCAUGGGACAGCGCGGCGUUUCUUUUCUUGUUUUUGCGUUUAUUCCCUUGAAACCUAGUGAUGAUGAAUGAAGCAUUGUUCUAUCC